CGUUCAGCGUUUUUUUCCCUUUCUUUAUUUACUCUGACAAUGUCUUACUCUCGUACUAUUAUUACUGAAGCCUUAAACGAACUUGAUGAUAAACGUAUCAAGGGUAUCAAACCUCUUAUUCCUCCUCAAAUCUUGAUGGAAGAUAUUCCGCUUACACUCCAGGCAGCUCAAACUAUCCUGGAAGGAAGAAGAAGUGCUGAAGCUGUCAUUAAGGGUACAGACGAUCGUCUCUUGGUCGUUGUAGGUCCUUGUUCUAUUCACGACGUGAAGGCCGCAAAAGAAUAUGCUGCUAAAUUAAUCGAAUAUGCAAAGGAUGCAAAGGAUGAUCUCUUUAUCAUUAUGCGUGUCUAUUUUGAAAAACCAAGAACAACUGUAGGCUGGAAAGGUUUAAUCAAUGAUCCCUUCAUGAAUAACAGUUAUGAAAUCAACAAAGGUCUUCGUAUUGCUCGUCAAUUACUGCUCGAUCUUAACGAAAUGGGCGUACCUACUGGCUGUGAAUUCUUGGAUACUAUCUCUCCUCAAUACACCGGCGAUCUGGUUUCUUGGGGCGCCAUUGGCGCAAGAACAACCGAAUCACAAAUCCACCGUGAGCUGGCUUCGGGAUUAUCCUGUCCUGUAGGAUUCAAAAAUGGCACGGAUGGCUCAAAUGGUGUUGCUUACGACGCUAUCCGAGCUGCAAGCAACGGUCACCACUUCUUGUCAGUAACCAAACAAGGUUUAUCAGCAAUUGUUCAAACAGAAGGCAACGAUGCCUGUCAUGUCAUCCUUCGUGGUGGUAAGAGUGGAACCAAUUAUGAUGCCGAGUCAAUCAAGAAGACAGCACAAGAACUUCAGAAAUUGAAACUCGCCCCUAUCGUCAUGGUGGAUUGUAGUCAUGGCAACUCAAACAAAGAUCAUAACCGUCAACCUGUAGUCGCACAGUCUAUCGCUGAUCAAUUAGCACAACCUAGCGUGACAGGAGAUAAUAUAGUGGGCGUCAUGAUUGAAUCUAAUUUGGUAGAAGGUCGUCAAGAUAUUCCUAGUGAAGGUCCUCACAGAUUAAACUAUGGUCAAUCUAUUACAGAUGCAUGCAUCGGUUGGGAAGACACAGUGAGAACUCUGGAUAUCCUUCGUCAAGGUGUGCAAGCAAGACGUGCCGCAAGAGAACAUUAAAUUUUUGUUAAUAAAAAAGCCACAUCAUUUUAGAGAGAAAAUUUUUCAUAUGGCGGAGAAUGAUUCGUUAAGGGGAGCAUAAAACAAUUAAGCUUAAAGACAAUUGUGCCUUUCUCUUUCUCUCUCUCUUUUUCAUAAAAAAUGUCUGUCGAAUACGAAGGUGCCAUUGGUAUCGAUUUGGGUACAAC